AAUUAAUCUAGUAGUAUUUUUGCUUAACGAAGUACAAGUAAGACAUUAAUAUAUUAUUCUUUGUAUCGCAACUUUUUCUGCUUGACUAGAUUUCAUUAUAUACGAAUUAGACUGGCAAUACGUUGGAUUCAGACUUUUUCACAGUUUUAUCACCACAAAAAAACCGUAUAUCGUAAGAGUCGAGAGAGAUUUUAGGGGUGUACUUUUUCGUAUUUUGCAAUUUCGUAUAGUCGAUCACUAAAAGAAAACCUUCCUCCCACUAAGUAAAACUUGUACUAGUUGUAAAACAGUAAGAGAAAAAGAACCAUGUCGUCCGUUGAAGAAUUCGAAUCCAUUUUGAAGGAGUUGCCUACUUUGAAGGCUCCCGGAGUUUCUGGUACUCGUAUCAAGAAGUUGACAGAAUUAGCAGUCAAGAACAUUGAUCAGGAGUCCUCGUUGAUCACUCUCUUAUAUUCCAACUGUAAAGCAGCUCCAUCAUCUCAUAAAUUGGGAACCUUGUAUGUGGUAGAUUCCAUUGUAAGAGCCUAUUUAGAAGAAGCCAAGAAGCAGAACCAGGUCGUCGAGUCUCUGGCUCCAGAGGGCACUUUUGCUUCUGGUGUAUUCAAGAUCAGUGAAUUGAUCGAGUCGUUGAUUGACGACGCAUUGGAGUUACUGAUUACUCAGGCUCAGAAUAUCAAGAUCAGCAAGUUAGUAGAUAUCUGGGAAAGAGCUGAAACUUUCAGCCAUGACAUCAUUGUCAGAAUUAGACAAAAGCACUUUACUUCUACUACUCCUCCUGGCUCUCCUCCAAGAGCUGCGGGAGAAAUUGCUAAGCCAACUGGCGAGGCAACUUCUGCAACUGCUGAAAAGACAGAUUCGACCAGUAUUUUACUGGCUCUUGCCUCUUUGGCCAAAACUAGCUCUCCAGGUUCGCAGAAUACUCAGCCCGCUGAAAACAAGGCCAACACAAUCUUAUCGCAAUUAUCAGCUCUCUCUGCUCCUCAAGGUGCAUCACAACCAAAUUUUGCUCCCCGUCCGCAGCAAGGUCAGGGAGGAAACGAACAGUUGAUCUUCAAUAUGUUGCAACAAAUGCAACAAGGAGGCUCCGGAUCUGCACCUCCUCCGAACAUUCCUCUGAUUCCCCAACAACCUCCUAGAAACGACUAUGGAUCAGAUAGACGCAGACGUGAGCAAGAUAAUGGCUACUCUCGUAGAAACAGAUCUAGAUCUCCUCCAGGUAACAGAUACGGAGGAGUCAGAUCUCCUCCUAGACAACACGAAUCAAUGAGCUAUAAUCGUAGUGGUCCAGGAGGUGAUCUUAACGUUCCAGGAACUCCUCAUUAUCGUCCUAGAAAUGUUGGUUUCGACCAGUCUUUGCCUCAGGGUUCUUUCAAGGUUUUGUCUAGAACUUUAUUCAUUGGUGGUGUCCCACGCAACAUGGACGAUCAGGCUUUAGCUCACAUGUUGAGUCCUUUCGCUGAAGUUCAAUCUGUUAUUUUGAACAGCGAAAGAAAGCACGCUUUCGUCAAGGUUUACUCGAGAAGAGAAGCUGAACAGGUCAUUGGACAAUUCAACAAGGAUAAUGCUAUGCCCUUGAGAACUCGUUGGGGUGUUGGUUUUGGACCUAGAGACUGUUGCAACUACCAACAUGGUAUUUCCAUCAUUCCUAUCCAGAGAUUGACUGAUGCAGACAAGACAUGGGUGGUCAAUGCUCAAUGGGGAGGAACUGGAGGUCAACCUUUGCUGAGCGGUAUGGUUAUAGAUGAGCCUGAUAUUGAGAUUGGUGCUGGUAUUUCUUCUAAGGCCAUGUCCAAAAAGAUGCCUACCAAUUCUGCCAGGAAUGGUCCUAAGUCAAAUAGACCAGGUGAGCCAGAUGAAGAAUAUGCCAAAACUACUUUGCUUCCACAUCAAGCUGGCCACAUGUCUCACGGAGCUCAGCCAGACUUCAACACAUUCACGCAAUCAUCUGUUAACCCAUUAUCUGGGUUGUUUGCCAACUCUGAGUCAGAUUCGCAAUCGCAAUCCCGUCCACCUCAAGGAUUUAACCAACCUUCACAGCCACAGGGACAGGGAUUUCCCGAUUUUUUAAACAACUUACAACAGCAAGGUGGCAACCCCAACUUGAGUGCCACUUUAGCUAACUUGUUCCAACAAGGUGGAAACCAGCAAUAGCUAUACUAAAAUAGUCUGUAUAAAUAGACAUUAAAAAGAAGUAUCAUUUUUCGCAA